AUGGGUGUGCCUGAAUACUGGCCACGGGACGCUAGCGGCCGACAUGGGGUAAUAGUAAGGGUGGCUUGUGACGGCGAGUCGGCCGGCAAUGCCUCAAGCGUUCGGAAUAACGACGCGAGGCUGAAGAUUGCCCUGAUCGACAACGCAUCGUCUCCUCGAUCAAGGGUUAGAGUGGAAAUGCAUCCUAACCCACAGACAAGCAGACGAAGCCCAAAAAGGGGGCGUGUGUUUGACAUUGGAGGGCACGUGAGCGCAUAA